GAAGAAUUCCUUACAUACGUAUAGAUAUUAAAGGCUAAAGGUUAUACUUUGUCAGAAAUAUUAAUGACUCUAAAGGAGUAAUAUGGGAAUCAUUCAAAAUAAUAGUUGUGUGAUGUUUUCCGUUUUGUUGUGUUUUCUUACUCUUAGUUUGGCAGGUAAAUAUAGUGGUGCUCAGAAAUUAUGUAAAGUAGAUACAGAAUGUCCAGGUAAUAAUUCUUGCAUCGGAAAUGUCUGUGCAAACCCUUGUUUGAAGACAUGUGGACCUGAAGCUUUAUGUAUUGUGAUGUAUCAUGAGCCAUAUUGUUUCUGCAAAGAUAACACAGAUAGCUGUAUUCCAAAAAAAACAUCUCAUUCUUGUGAACCAGAAUGUGAAAACAAUUCAGUCUGCAACACUGACAUAGGAUAUUGCGAAUGUAAAGUUGGGUACUCAGGAAAUCCUUACAAGAACUGCUCCAGAAAAUGUAAAAAAUUCGAAGACUGUUCCUCUGAAGAGUCCUGCAUAAACGGUGUCUGUGUGAAUCCAUGUGAAAAUGACUGUGGCAUCAAUUCUCUAUGUGUUGUGAAAAACCACAGCAGUAUUUGCAGCUGUCCACCUGGUUAUAUUGGUAACUCAUUCGAAAUUUGCAGACCUAUCAGUGAGCAUCAAAGACUAACCGAGGAAGACAUUUGUGAUCAAUGUGCAAACGAUGCACUCUGCAUUAGCACUAAUACUGCAACGAACUGUGUCUGUCCAAGAGGAUUUUUCGGAAACCCCUACAUAUCCUGCUACAAAAUGUGUCUUUCCAAUGAGGAUUGCACAUCUGAUAAGUUAUGCGUUCAUAAUUUAUGUAAAGACCCUUGUGAAGGUGCAUGUGGUGUUAACACAGAAUGUACUGUAGACAAGAUUAAACGCAAUCCGGUAUGUAGAUGUCAGGAUGGUUUUUCUGGUGAUCCUUCCCGAAUAUGCACUUUGAAAAUAGAAAACAGGUUCGCUGCAGAUGAAGAACUCAAUUGUCAUCCGGAAUGUGGAGCAAAUGCUACUUGUGACACUCAGUAUGGCAUCUGUAAAUGCAAAGUUGGAUUCAUUGGUAACCCUUACGGGGGCUGUCGGAAAAGAUGUGAAGUUAACGCGGAUUGUCCAGAGGAUAGAUCUUGCAGUUCUGGAGACUGCAUAGAUCCUUGUCUGACAGCUUGUGGCAAGAAUGCUAUAUGCAGUAUGGAUAAACACGUGCCUUUCUGUAGAUGUCCGUAUGGUUACAGCGGAAAUGCGUUCGAAUUUUGUAGGAAAGAUGCAACGAAACCAGAACCAAGAAUAAUAGAAGUUGAUCUAUGCGAUUCAUUCCAAUGUGGUUUAAAUGCCAAAUGUGAAUACAGAGAUACAGAAACAUGCAUUUGUCUUCCUGGUCAUUCUGGUAAUCCAUACAAAAAGUGUGUCAAAAAAUGCCGAAGCAAUGAAGAUUGUGCCAAAAACGAUAAAUGUGCGCAGGGUCUAUGCAAAGACGUUUGUGAAAAUGGCUGUGGAAUAAACGCCAUUUGUAAAGCUGAUAAUCAUAGACCAAAAUGUGAAUGUCCAGAGAAUUACAGAGGAGAUCCGUUGAAUAUAUGUUUUCCAAAAAAAAAGGGUGUUCUGGUCAACCCCAGCAGAGUUCCCUGCUUCAAAUGCAUUUGUAGAGCAAUCACAGGUAAUGAUAACAUAUUCUCCUGUGCUGAGAAAUCAAUCGACUUUGGUUAUUGGGCUUUUGCUGGAGAAGAUCUUGUUGGAGGCGAAGAAUUUAGAACCAGAAAUUCCUCAAUCGAUUUCCUAACUUGUAUGAAUAACAGGAUAUGCAUUCUAAAUACUAUGAAUGAUUACACUUCUAGAGCGCUGAGCAGAUUGAAUGAUAUAAACUGUGAUGGAGAAAUAACCUGCGCAGAUAUGUUUGCUGUACACAAAUUUGGACUGACUGCGAAAUUUUCGGAUUCAAUCUUCAACGCUUCUGAAGCCAGAUCAUUCGACCAAUGUGAAGGUCAUGGAAACAAAGAUAUUUCUAACAAUUGGACUCCCAAGUCUUGUAUUGGACCAUCUUAUGUAGAAUUGCUCAGUUAAUGUCCCAUCAAGUUCACUCUUGUUAUGGAAGAUACUUUUUGUAUAAUAAGAAUGUUGUUUUGA